AUGGCGCAAGACAAGAAAGACAUGGAAGCUCUCACUGGAGCGCUUCAGCGCGUGACAGUUGAUGGGGGGGAGGUCGAGCUGGCUGGAAUAGAGGAGUCCUUGUCCGCCUCGGAGAGGGCAGUUGUGGUGAAGCUGAAGGAGCUGCAGGAAGAGCACGCUGCUCUUUCGGCAGUCUUCGAGGCAGCAGUGCUGCGCCUUAAGCUUGAAUAUGAGGCGAAGUAUCAGCCCCUCUACCAGAAACGGCUCGAAGCGCUGUCUCCCCAGGGUGCGGAGGGUCAGUCCGCAGAGACUGAGGCCACUGGAACGCCGGGGCUGCCCUCUUUCUGGCUGCGAGCUCUUAAGGCGAAUCGCUUGUUGGCAGAUAUAAUUGAGGAGCACGACGAGGGUCCUCUCGCGUAUUUGCGGAAUAUUCAGUGCGAGUGGCUUUCUCCUACUGAGGGCGCAGCAGGUGCCUCUCAGCAGCAAUCCGCGAAGCCGGAGGCAGGCGCUCCUCACCCCGAGAGCUUCCGCUUGGUAUUUACUUUUGUUGAGAAUCCCUACUUCAAGCCGCUCACGCUAGUAAAGGAUUACCGGCUGUCUGUAGCUCCAGGAGGCCGUGGUGCGGAGCUGACAAGCACUCACAGCACGCCGAUUGAGUGGCUGGAGGGCAAGGAUGUCACGAAGAAAACCGUGAUUCGGAAGCAGAGGAACCGAAAGACAAAGCAAACACGAACGGUAGCCGAGACUGUGGACGCGAACUCCUUCUUCAACCUCUUCGUCGACCACGAAAUUCCUUCCGAUGAGAAGCUCGAGCAGAUGGAAGAAAAGGAGGUCGAGGAGUUGCAGAUGGUCGUUGAGGCCGACUACGACAUUGGUAUCACCAUCAGAGACAAGAUAAUCCCUCGGGCUGUGGACUGGUUCUUGGGUCAAGUGGACGAUGAUUCGGACUUUGAAGACUAUGAUCUCAACGAUGAAGAAUUCGACAGCGACGAGAGCGAAGAAGACGAGGAAUCUUCUGAUGAAGAGCCGCCGCGUUCUCUCAAAGGUGCGGCCAAGGGCAUCACAGGCGCUGACGGUAAAGGUCCCGACCAGAAGCCAGACUGCAAGCAGCAGUAA